AUGAAUUUCUUGAAUAGUUAUGCACAUGUUACUAUUAGGCGGCCAUUCCGAGAAAGAAAUUUUGAACUGACACCACACAAAGCUGAUAAAUAUCGUAGAAGAGUCGAAUAUAUUGAAAAUAAACGUUUCAAUAGCCGCCAAGGAAGAAUCCUUGAUUUUUCUUUUAUGGCCUUGACCGGGAGUUUAUAUACAGUUUUAUUUGCUGACUUUGGCGAACGAGAACAUUGUUAUACGCCGUUAAGAAAUUGGGUUGCGCAAAAAACGAAUAAGUUCUGGACGUUGAGCGAUAAGGAAAAGCAAGAAUUAAGAGAACAAGGAAGGCUCAAGUGA